UCCACCCAGCUAUGCUGGAAAUUUGUAGCCAUGAAAUAUUGGAAUGGAACUGAGGUGACUGAAUUCUACCUGUGGGGAUUUGGAGGUCAGCGGCAGCUCCAGCCGGCCCUCUUCACUGUAUUUCUUGUGAUCUACACGACCUCCAUGGUGGGCAACACUGGCAUGAUCCUGCUCAUCCACACAGACUCCAGACUCCAGACCCCCAUGUACUUCUUCCUGCAACAUCUGGCCUUUGUUGACAUCUGCUACACGUCUGCCAUCACUCCCAAGAUGCUCCAGAACUUCGUGGUAGACGAUAAAUCUGUAACAUUUGGGGGCUGCCUAGUGCAAUUAUUGGUGUACGCGAUAUUUGCGACCAGCGACUGCUACAUCCUGGCAGCUAUGGCAGUGGACCGCUAUGUCGCCAUCUGGUUCAACUUGACAUUCACUGUGUCGGUCGUCAUCUUCUCCUACAUCUGCAUCCUGGCCGCCAUCCUAAAGAUGCCUUCUGCUGCGGGGAGGAAGAAGACCUUCUCCACCUGUGCCUCCCACCUCACAGCUGUCACCAUCUUCUAUGGAACCCUUUCAUACAUGUACUUGCAGCCUCCUUCUGAGCAGGCUCAGGAGAACAUGAAAGUGGCCUCCGUGUUCUAUGGUAUUGUCAUCCCCAUGCUGAACCCUCUGAUCUACAGCUUGAGAAACAAAGAGGUCAAAGAAGCUGUGAAAAUGAUAGGGAAAAAAUUCUUCACAUUGGGUCAGAAUUGCUAACAUUUGGUGCAUCACACCCUCUGAUAGAGAUGUAUCGCCACAGUUUAGCAAUUCUAAGAUAGAAAGCCUUCAGCUC